AUGACACCAAUUCAGGAAAAGCUUUCAUCACCGCUGCUGCAAGAUCCUCACAGUCCUGCACAGACUCAGUUUCAAAUCCGGUCGCGGUCGCCUCAGCCAUUCGCCUCAGUUUCUCCACGUUCCCCUCAGCCACCCUCCCCUCGUUCUCCUGUAAGCGCUAGCAGGAGCGCUGCUUCUGCCCAACCAGCAUCACCUCAACAUAAUGAGACUCCACCACGUGAACCGCUCUAUCCUCCUGCUUCCCCUGCAGGAAACAGCAGGAGUCCCGCCUCCGCCCACCAUUCUUCCGCUCCCCGAUCGGCCGCAGCAGCAGCUGCUCUGAGUGCACUCGGUGCUGCUACUCUCGCAGGUGCUGCCAUCCCGGCUGCUACAGCCACUCCAGUCGAUGCAUCUGCAGGCAUGCCUCACCACCACCAGCAUGCACAGAACCACGCUCCCUAUUCCCACGGCCCAUCUCCGCAUAGAUAUGGUUCGGAUAGUGUGGCGAGUAGUGCAACUGGAGGGGGGCGUGAGUCGGCUGCUAGUAGCAGGGGCGGUGGCAGCACUGGAGGCGUUUCUGUGGCCAGCAGUGGGCAUGGGUUUGGUGAGCGGAUGAGUGGCGGUGCGGGUGCUGCUGCUGCAGCUGCUGCUGCUGCUGCUGCUGCUGCUGCUUCUGCUGUGGGUUCUAGAGCAGGGGCAGCAUCAAGGGGUUUGAAUGCCCCUCCAUCUGCCACUCCUGCAGCUGCCGCCGCCGCUGCUGCUGCAGCAGCUUCUGUAGCAGAGGUUACCCCCCCGGUCCCAACCCGACUGGAUUUCCAGUCGCCUGUAGGGGAACCAGGAAGCAAGAAGAGAGAAAGUGCGAGAGGUAGAGCUGAGGAGUCUGGUGGAAAGGGAAGCGCCUUGGGAUCUGCUUGGAGAUCUGGUGGGGCGAAUACGAAGCUGCCACCUGGCACUGAUGGGGAUGAUGACGAUGAUGAUGACGUGGCGUCUUUCGACUCGUCUUCGUGUUCGGAUUCUUCCGAAAUGUCUUCUACACUAGUAGCUGGCGGUGACGUCGACUCGCCAGCUGGCACGGGAGAUGGCGACGCUGCCAGCUCAGCACGGGGGCGGCUGAAGUGGCCGUUGCGCCAGCUGGCAUCAGGGCUGACGGUGGAGGAGCUCCAGGCGAGCGCAUAUGAAGUGAUGCUGCUCGCAGCAGCAGAGUCUGGAGCCAUUUCUGCACCAGGGCCCACUACCAGUGCGGCCAACAGCAGCAAGAGCAAGCUGCGCCGGCCCGAGUCCCCAGUAGAACCCAAGUUCAGGCUCAUUUCUGCACCAGCGCCUGGUGCCACCACCGCGGCCGGCAGCGGCAGCAGCAAGAGCAAGCCUCGGCGGCCCGAAUCCCCUGUGGAGCCCAAGUCCAAGUCCCCAGGUGGCUUCAUGUCCCGCUUUGCCAAGAAGGUCGGGGUCAACGUGGGGCAUUUCAAAGCACCCAAACCUGCUGCUGCCGCUGCUGGUGGAGUUGGUGCACUCAAGGCCGCUGCGUCCUCUCUCGCUGCGAAGUUCUCCAAUCUGUCACCAGACCUCCGCAGGGCGUUCUACCACAGACAGGUGAAGCUGCUGCAGGAGCUGCUGCUAGACGCCACAGGCACUGCGAAGCAACAAGUCCCAGGAAAGGGGGGAGCGGGAGGUACGGCAGGAGAGGUAGCAGGCGGGGAUGGUCGUGCUGAGGUGGCAGCCUCUCUGGAUGCCAUGCUGGCACUUGUGAAGGGUCACGAGUUCAUCACCUCCCCGCCAUCCUUCGAGGCCAAGUGGAGCCGGAAGCUCAGCGAGCUGCGCUGGCUGCUUGUGGGGGGUGCUGCGAGGCAAGGGAAGCAGCUACCAGUGCUGCCUGGUGCCUGGAGUCCCACCAGAGCCAGCUUGAACGCGUCUCUGUACCAUCAGCUGCUGUCCGCCUGCUGUGAUCCCUCUGAUUCGGCCUCUUCCAUCGACCUCCUCUUUGAGAUGGAGGAGAGAAUCGAGGCCCUCAGGCCCACGUGGCAGCCUCUGGGAGUGACACCUGUCACGCACAGUGCCCUACAAGCCUGGACCCUCUGCCAAAAGGCUUCGGCAGCCAGCAGCAGUGGCGCGAGUGCAGACGGAUUGGCGGCUCUAGAGUCAGCUUUGGAUUCAUACCUGUGUUGCUGUGACCUGCUGGAGGCGGGCAGGAAGAGGAGCAGCCGCCGGCACACGGCGCCAGGAGCACCACCAAGCAUGGAGCGAGUGGAGGAGGUACUCGAGUUCGUGCACAUGUCCGUCCUCUCCUCCUUCGACCGUGCCUGUCUCGACGCCAUGGCAGCAGCAGCAGCAGCCAAAGCCCAGAAAGACGCACAGGACCAGCACGCUGACAGCAGCCCCCCCUCCUCCUUGCGAGACUCUUCCGCAGACGGACCUGCUUCCGAUUUCAGAGCAGCAGGGGCGAGCGGAGAGGUGGGGUUGCCUCAACUGGCGGAGCUGGCGAGUGUGAUCAUAGAGAGGGAGGCUGGGGGCAUGGCGGGGUUGGGCGAAGGGCGAGCAGGGAAGGGAGGAGGGAGAGGAGUAGGAGGAGGAGGGGAGGGAGGAGCGGCGAAGGGUGGUUGUUGUGCGGUGUUUAGACGGCUGGGGGUGUACGGGACAGCGGCGGUGGCAGCAGCAGCGCUACACCAGCAGCUGGAUUCGCAGUUGGACCCCAUUCCUCUCAGUGGUAUCAGAGCUGCACCCCGACUGCUGCAAGGUGCUUCUCUUCCGACCCCUCUCACCACACUCCACCACUCCCGACGCCUCCCCACUGUGUAUUUCCUAUCCAUCACCCACCAGGAUCCGUUCCUCUCAGUGGUAUCAGAGCUGCACCCCGACUGCUGCAGGGUGUUCUCUGCCGUAGAUGCAUUCGACAGGCGCGUGCAGCAGGUGGUGCAGGGGGAGGUUCGGGCGGAGGAGGAGGCGAAGAAGAGAGCAGCAUCAGCAGGGGAACACGAGGGGCAUGGGGGAUACGGCCAUGCAGCACAGAUUGCAAGCGAGCUGAACGCCUACCAGAUUGACCCUGUGAUGAAGCGUCUGUUUUCAGCCUGGGUCUCAGCACAACAGCAGAAGGUGGAUGUGUGGAUGGAGAGGGGCGUGGAUGCCGAGACGUUCGAGCCAACAUCAGACACACUCAAGCACGGGGCGUCUGCAGUGGAUGCAGUGCGACUGGUGGAAGAGGUGCUAGAUCAGUUCUUCCGCUUGGGUCUCCCACCUCGCCUGCCCAUGCUGCAACAAAUCGUCCACAGUACCGACACCCUCAUGAGCGCCUAUGUUGCCAAGAUUGCUGCUCUCGGCUCCAGGGACGACCUCAAGCUGCCUCCGCCCCCCCUCACGCGCUUCAAAGAAGACUUGGCUCAGCGGCUCGCUGAUAAGGCGGAGAAACGGGCUGAGAGGGAGGAGCGGGUACAGAAGGGGAAGGCGGGGUACUUGGAGGGGCUGUGGCAUGCAAGGAAGGGCGUGGGGGGUGUGGGAGCGGGAGUGGGCGUGGGAGGGAGGGGGGCGGUGAGGGCUGUGGAUGCUGCGAAAGCAGCUGCGAUUGAUGCGCUGACUGUGAAGAAGCUGUGUGUUCGGAUCAACACUCUGGAGUUCGUGACAGCAGAGCUGGACAAAUCUGAAAAGGCUCUCUGUGAGCGCUGGGAUGAGUACGCUCCCCACCUCAAGAUCGAUGACAUGGCAGCCAUGGCCCCGUCUCAGCUUGCCUCCUCUCUCGCCUUCCGCCUAUCCACUGAGGGAGUAGCAGGACUCAAGAGAGGAAGCUUCUAUGAGCAGACCACCACGCUGGCAGCACAGCGCAUGCAGACCCUCUCGGACUACCUUGGCACCAAGGUGGUGUGGUGGGACCUGAGAGAGGCGUUACUGGAGGAGCUGUAUCGUGUGAGCGUGGACUCCUGUCGUAUGAGCAACCUCAUGCUCAAGCUGGACCCAGUGUUGGGGGAGAUUGUGGAGACCGUCUCAGACUCCCUGAGGGACCGUGUCGUCACCUCUCUCCUGCACUCUGUUCUGGAGGGCCUGCUGCGUGUGCUUCUGGAUGGCGGGCCUCUGCGGGUGUUCGCCCAGUCAGACUAUGAUGCCCUGGAGGAUGACCUCCGCAUUCUCAAGGAGUUCUUUGUGGCGAAUGGCAAUGGCUUGCCACAGGAGGUGGUGAACAAGGCAGCAGCGCAGGUGCAGCAAGUGCUCAACUACUACUCCCUCGAUACUGCUGACGUCAUUAUCGUUUACAAGCAAGCAGCGGGAGCCAGUCAAGCGGCAGGUGGUGCGUUCCGAGCGUCGUCCUUUGUGAGCAUGGCCUCCUCAUCGUCCUUCACCGGACGGCUGCAGCUGUCGACCGUCGCGCGGUCGGCUCCUGCUGCUUCGCCCGUGUCCACCGCAGGCUCGCUCCGGCAACAACCUGCUUCCGCUGCUGGAUCGCACGUUCAUUCCGCUCGCUGCUCGCAUGAACCUGAUAAUGCGAAUGCCAGCACUGAACAGCCGAGCAACGUUCCCGGCACCAGCAGCACCAGCAGUCGCCGGCAGCUGUUGUGUGGAGCGUGCGGAUCGGCGGUGGCAGCGGCGGUGGCGGCGGUUUCAGGCGAUGCGAGGGCGGAGAUCCUACCCGCGCCUCCCUCCACCUCCUCCGUCUGCCGCAACUGCCAAGGGGCCGGCGCUGUCGUCUGUGACAUGUGUGGUGGCACUGGCAAGUGGAAGGCACUGAACCGCAAGAGAGCCAAGGACACGUAUGAAUUCACCGAAUGCCCCAACUGCUACGGUCGAGGCAAGCUGGUGUGCCCAGUGUGUCUGGGCACGGGAGUGGGGAACGCCAAAGGGCUGCUGCGGCGGCCCGAGUCAAAGCAGCUUCUGGAUCAGAUGUACCAUGGCCGCCUGCUUCCCCCUUCCUAG